AUGGCGGCAUCCAGUUCAGCAAGUCAAGAAAGAGUUGCGUUCUUUAGAAAGCGUUUGGAGGAUCUUGAUUGUCCAUAUAUAGAUGGUGUUGAUGACUCUUGGAUAGAAGAACUACUUUAUAAACCUGGAGAACCAAGACUGCGUUUAAUACAAUGGCUAUUGGGCAGAUUUGAUCCUACGGUUCAUGAUGUAUUGGAAGGACAACAAAGUAAAGCAAAAGAAGAUGCCAGGCUUCAAAGACUAUUAUUUGUUUGCAAUUUGCUUGGUCUUUGCAAGCCUGAUGAUAUUGAACUUGUCAAAGGCUCAACAUCAAAGGGAAGGCAAAUAGUCUUCAUGGAAAAUAUGAUCGAUUUAGUAGGUACUGUUGACAGCAUGGAUACAUACUCAAGAACAAAGGGAAUAUCAGUUGCUGAAAGUAUUAGUGAUCAGUUUGCACGAGACUGUCAGUAUUUGGAUACACUUUGUCGGCAAGAAGAUUUGAGUGAAAUAUUCAAAACUAGAAUACAACUCUCUCCUCCUGACUUGGCAAAAGGUGGUUCAAGAUCAGAUGACAAAAGGGUACCAGAUAAUAAACAGCUUGCAAAUGUUGCUGAUCAGCUUGCCACAGAAUUAGAGACACAGAAUCUUCAGUUGGACAAUCUCAGAAACAAAGUCUGUGUUAAUGAAGCUGAUCCACAAACUAAAGAAAAAGUUAGUAAGACCCUCAAUCUGGCCCUUACAACCAUGUCCCAGGUGGUCACAGGAUUUCUAUAUUGCUAUGAAUCUGAAAUGAAACCUUGGAGCAACAGAUCCCAGCCAAACCUUUCAGAGCUCGGUCCAGCCUUCGAAAGAGUUUAUUCCUUACUUGAGAAAUUUUUGCAUCUUCUUGAAGGAUUUUCUUCCAUUAAGUCCUCACACACAUCAAUGUGUGACAAAACGAAGACACAGCUACAGAAUACCAAAGAUGGCAGUUUAGCACCAAUGAGCAAAGACACUCUGGAAAACUUGCAAGACUGUGUGACAGUUUUGGAAGAAUCCAUACAACGAUACCAGGAACAGCAGAGAUAGCAAACAAAAAA